CGGACACUAGACACAUAAUACACCUUUUUUUUCUGAGCACUUGACCACCACCUUCUAUUUCUAGUUCUAUUUCUAUGUCCUUAAGCUGUUACGUUAUCGGUUGAGCGAGAGCAGUCGGCUUAGAAGAGUUCCGUUCAUCCUCCAGGCAUGGCUGAGUCUGUGGUUGCUUCUUCCGCUUCUUCUUGUUUCUCCAGAAGCAGAAGCAGAAGCAGAAGCAGGGCUCCUACCCCUUCUCAUUCUGGCUCCCUCACCCUCAGAAUCACCCCCCCGUUCUCCUCUCCGAUCAACUACACCCACCUCCGCGAGCCCCUCUCCCUUUUCCCUCGCCAUCCUCCCCUGUUCCUUCUUGUUCAAUCUCCUGCCACUCCCACCGCCGCUUCCGCUCUCGACUCCGACAUCCCUCACCCCCAGGUCGGUGCAGUACAGGGAUCGUCGCCUCCGGCGGAGACUAGCACCCUGUUGCGGCAAUGGGAUUCUCUCACUGCCAAGUUCUCGGCUUCCUCAAACAUCCCCUUCUUGUUGCUGCAGCUCCCUCAGAUCAUCCUCAACGCCCGCAACCUCUUAUCCGGCAAUCACUCCGCCCUCCUCGCCGUCCCCUGGCUGGGCAUGCUUACUGGGCUACUGGGCAACCUUUCCCUGCUUUCUUACUUCAUAAAGAAGAGGGAGAAGGAGGCGGUCGUGGUUCAGACGCUGGGCGUGGUCUCCAUCUAUGUCGUUGUCUUCCAACUCGCCAUCGGACGCGCCAUGCCCCUCCCCAUCUUCCUCGUCACUUCUCUGGUCGUCGCCACAGGCCUCCUCCUCAACUUCUCCAACUACUUCCACUUGCUCCCUCCCUCCCUUUGGUCCAUCUGGGAAGACUUCAUCACUAUCGGCGGCCUCUCCGUUCUCCCUCAAGUCAUGUGGGCUACUUUUGUCCCUUAUGUUCCACAUAGCAUCUUGCCCGGAUCAAUUGCUUGUUUCAUUGCUUUUGUAGCUGUUCUUAUGGCAAGAACGGGGAAACUUUCAGAGAAAGGUGUCAGAUUUGUGGGAGCUAUAUCAGGAUGGACAGCGACGCUUCUCUUCAUGUGGAUGCCAGUCUCACAAAUGUGGACAAAUUUUCUGAAUCCGGAAAACAUCAAGGGUUUAUCUGCCUCAUCAAUGUUGCUUGCCAUGAUUGGAAAUGGACUCAUGAUCCCACGGGCACUCUUUAUUCGUGAUUUCAUGUGGUUCACAGGGUCAAGCUGGGCUGCUCUUUUCUAUGGGUAUGCAAACAUUGUAUGCCUGUACAGCUUCAAUUGUAUCAGUAGGGAGUUCUUCUUGGGAGCAACAGCUGGAUUGUUGUCAUGGUUAGGAAUGGCCUUAUGGAGAGACAUGGUGGCAUACGGAUACAACACACCAUUGCGAUCCAUAAAGGAGCUGGUUUAUGGACCUUGAUGAAAAGAUUGGGGCAAACUGGCAGCUGCAUGAAGUGCAUUGGCACAGAUUGACCUGGUCGAAGAACAUGGUUUGCAGCAUCAUAGGUUGUGCACAUGAUCCUUGUUUUCUGGUCAACGAAUCAAGUCAACACAGCAUUAUAGGUUGUCCGCAUUUUUUAAUCUGCAAAUAAGUAUGUAGAAUGCUCAUUGAUUAUGCAAGUAUGAGAAGAAGUUGAUUAACUUUCCUGUGAUCAA